AUUCCCCGCCCCGCCCGGGCCGCCCCCUCCGGCUCCCGCCCCCGUGCACCCAAAUCCCGCCGGGCCGCCGCCGCUCGGCCCUUUGCUGCAUCCCCCCCUUCCUGCACCCACCGACGGCGCCAUGGCCGCCCGGCAGCAGCUCGCUUUGCUCAGCGUCUCUGACAAGACCAACCUGGUGGAAUUCGCCAAGAGCCUGCAUGCGCUCGGCCUGGGUCUCAUUGCCUCCGGAGGAACAGCCAAGUCCCUGAGAGAUGCUGGCUUGCCUGUCAGAGAUGUUUCAGACCUGACAGGCUUCCCUGAGAUGCUGGGUGGACGUGUGAAAACCCUUCAUCCUGCAGUCCAUGCUGGUAUCUUGGCUCGCAAUAUUCCAGAGGAUAAUGCUGAUAUGAAGAAACAGGAUUUCAGCCUCGUAAGGGUUGUGGUGUGUAACCUCUACCCCUUUGUGAAGACUGUUUCUUCUCCCGGGGUGACUGUUCAAGAUGCAGUGGAAAAGAUUGAUAUUGGAGGAGUUGCCCUGCUGCGGGCGGCUGCCAAGAACCACGCCCGGGUGACAGUUGUGUGUGACCCUGCAGACUACUCUGCAGUAGCCAAAGAGAUGGUGGCAUCGGGGGACAAAGACACUGCCAUGGAGACCAGGAGGCUCCUGGCACUGAAGGCUUUCACCCACACUGCCCAGUACGAUGCAGCCAUCUCUGACUACUUUAGGAAGGAAUACAGCAAGGGGGUGUCCCAGCUGCCCCUGAGGUACGGCAUGAACCCUCACCAGAGUCCUGCACAGCUCUACACCACGAGAGCCAAACUCCCCCUGACAGUGGUGAAUGGCUCUCCAGGCUUCAUCAACCUCUGUGAUGCCCUCAAUGCCUGGCAGCUGGUGAAGGAGCUCAAGCAGGCUCUGGGCCUUCCAGCAGCUGCCUCCUUCAAACACGUCAGUCCCGCAGGUGCUGCUGUUGGAGUUCCGCUCAGCGAGGAGGAGGCGCAAGUCUGCAUGGUGCACGACUUCCACAAGAGCCUGACGCCCGUGGCCUCUGCCUACGCCCGCAGCAGAGGUGCUGAUCGGAUGUCGUCCUUUGGUGACUUCAUUGCCCUGUCUGACAUCUGUGACGUGGCUACGGCCAAGAUUAUUUCCAGAGAGGUGUCUGAUGGUGUGGUGGCUCCCGGCUACGAGGAAGAAGCUCUCAAAAUCCUUUCCAAGAAGAAGAAUGGUGGUUACUGUGUCCUCCAGAUGGAUCCCCACUACGAGCCGGAUGACCUGGAGAUUCGAACCCUCUAUGGGCUGAACCUGAUGCAGAAGAGGAACAACGCAGUCAUCGACCGGUCGCUGUUCAAGAACAUCGUCACGAAGAACAAAACUCUGCCCGAGGCUGCCAUCCGAGACCUGAUCGUCGCCAGCAUCGCUGUCAAGUACACCCAGUCCAACUCCGUGUGCUACGCCAAGGAUGGGCAGGUCAUCGGGAUCGGGGCCGGGCAGCAGUCCCGGAUCCACUGCACUCGCCUGGCUGGGGACAAGGCCAACAACUGGUGGCUGCGGCACCACCCGCGCGUGCUCUCCAUGAAGUUCAAGGCGGGAGUGAAGAGAGCCGAGAUCUCCAACGCCAUCGACCAGUACGUCACCGGCACCAUCGGAGAGGAUGAGGACCUGGUGAAGUGGCAGGCCUUGUUUGAAGAGGCACCCAAGCAGCUGACAGAAGCGGAGAAGAAGCAGUGGAUUGCCAAGCUGUCCGAUGUGUCCCUCAGCUCCGACGCCUUCUUCCCUUUCAGAGAUAACGUCGACAGGGCCAAGCGGAGUGGAGUACAGUUCAUCGCUGCCCCAUCUGGCUCUGCUGCUGACGACGUUGUGAUCGAUGCCUGCAACGAGCUGGGGAUAACCCUGAUCCACACCAACCUGCGGCUGUUCCACCACUGAGCCGGGGCUGCCCUGUCCCCUUGGGUCACACCCUCACCAGCAGAAGGGAUGGAAUAUCAGUGCCUUAACUGGGAAUUACCAGCAGUCUAUGCUUAGCAGGGGUUGGUCAGCUCUGCAGAGAGGUCUCUGCCCAUGUUACCAGAGAAGGGAGCACUGGAAUUGCCUUCCAGUGUAGAACAUUGGUGUCUUUUGCAAAUAAACAUACAAUUGUCAGCUGUG